CCUGCUUUGAAGGCGUGCUGUUUCUUGCUCGACAGUCGACACACUAAAUAAAUCCCAAGUGCAACUGCACGACCCUUUCCCUCUUCUCGUCCCCGAUACCCUCCGUGGAGAUGGAGAAGUCGCCAAGUUUGUCGUCCGAGUCCGAAGGCUCACUGCCUCCCCCGAUGCCGGACGACGACGACGACAGUUCGGCGUGCUCCGACGAGCUGCUGGGCUCUCAGUCGCGCCGCUGGUUAGCUGAGCUGAUGGCGGCGGACGAGCCGGCAAGCGACCCCGUCACCGGAGAGAGGAUGGCGGUGGGUCGCGACGGGCUCUUCGUCGACUUCAAUUUCCCUGUUGGAGAACUCGAGAUGAAGUUCGGCGUCCAGUGGAAGCGGCCCAAGGAUCUGUGCUUGUCGCCUCAGUUCAUCGUCGAUGGGGCGUCACGCCUGGAUGUCCGCCAAGGGAAGUUAAGUGACUGCUGGUUGCUUUCUGCCAUCGCUUCUCUCGCUGUGCACCAACCUCUGCUCCGCAAGGUGGUUCCUCCCGGACAAUCCUUCCAGGACGGAUACAAUGGCAGCUUCGUCUUCAGGUUUUGGCAGUACGGCCAGUGGGAGGAGGUCCGAAUCGAUGACCUGCUGCCGACGUACGGCAACAAUCUGCUCUAUCUCAGCUCGCCGGAAAAACGAGAGUUCUGGAGCUCCCUGCUUGAGAAGGCCUACGCCAAGCUAAAAGGAGGAUACCGCGCCCUGGACAUGGGCUUCCCUCAUGAGGCCAUGGUCGACAUGACGGGCGGCGUGGCUGAGGUUCUUAGCGUGAGCUUGCUUCCCAGAGAGCUUCCAACCUUCCUGGCUGAGCUGUUGGCCAAGGGAGCGCUCAUCAACUGUGCCAACACCCAGGGUCCUGUGGAGUACAGGAAUGAUAUGGGAAUCAUGUUCAGACAUGCUUACUCGCUAACUGCUGUGGAGAAGGUGCAGACCACUUAUGGACCCGUGGACCUGGUGCGUAUCCUCAACCCGUGGGGCAACACGGAGUGGCUGGGCCCAUGGAGUGACCGAAAUGGGCCCGAGUGGAACACUGUGAGCCCUGAGGAGCAAAAGCGACUGCACCGAAUCCGGCGGGAGGACGGAGAGUUCUGGAUGUCGGUGUCUGAUUUCCGGCAGAACUUUGAGACUAUGGAAGUGUGUCACCUGGCUGACCUGCAAAACGAUGACAGCGUGCAGCCGUGGUCGUGCGCAAUGCAUCAUGGGAGUUGGGUGCCACGUGUUUCUGCUGGGGGCUCUCCCAAAGGGGGUUGGUUCUGGCAGAAUCCACAAUUUGGCCUGGUUCUUUCAAAAGGGAAACAAGGAUCCACUGAACCUACCAUGCACUGUGCCUUUAUUUUGGCCCUCAUGCAGAAAUAUCAACGACGCAGAGGCAUUGACCUGUCCAUUGCUCUUCACAUAUACCCGGCACCUCACGAGGGCGCCCACCUUUCACCAGAGGACCUGAACAAACUCCGGCCAGCAAUCAGCAGCGGGUACUACUCAUCGCGGAGAGAGGUGGUUCUUCGCGGCCACCUCCCGCCAGGUCAUUAUAUUAUCAUCCCGUCCACCGCUGAGCCCAAUCAGCAGGGAGCCUUCAUGCUACGUGUGCUUACCGAACAAGGCCACGCCGCCACCCCAACUCAUCGCCCAGCAACACCAGACCUCACUUCAAUAACAGCGCCUCAUUAUCCCCAUCAGGCAGCGCUUCCUUCGCCUAAAGCCAUAAUCCAGCUCUUCAAGAAGCACUGCAACAAGAAAGGAUUUUGCAAACCACAUCACCUCCACAGCUUGCUAAUUGAGGCCAUCCAGGGAGGAGUGUUGGCAGGCAGUGAGAAGAACUUGGCCUUGGAACACUGCAAGAGCUUAGUGGUCCUCAUGGAUAGUCAAGGGGUCGCUCAACUAACCUGGUUGGAGUUCCAAGCGCUCUGGGACAAGAUUCGAAUGUGGACUGACAUCUUUCUGGUGUACGACAAGAACAAGACACAACGUUUGGAGUACAAGGAAGUGGCUCCUGCUCUGAAGGCUGCAGGCAUUGUGGUGGAUGACCUGGUGAUGCAGCUGGUGGGCCUGAGGUACACAGAACCCGACAUGACCAUCAGCUACCCUGGCUUCUUGUACCUCGUCAUGAAACUGGAGAGCAUGAUCCACAAAUUUCACGCUUACGACAUGGUGGGAAUGGGCUGCAUUUCGUUGAACUACAGACAAUGGCUCCACAUGACCAUUUACAACUGAGGCUGAAAAGACGCAGGAUGUACUCCCAGGGUUUGUUGUGCAUGUGUGUGGUCUUUUUCGUAUAAAUGUACAUUGUUGCUACGCUGACAGAAAGAUUCAUGAAGCACAGUUUUUAUUGUCCAGGCCGUGAUUGAAAUAUGGCUGCUUAUUUUUCUAUGUGCCUGCUUAGAAAGCUCCUGAUUAUUUUUGAUAAAUGAGCCUUUGUUAUAUUGUGACUGAUGUGUGCGUGUCUGUGCGUGGGUGCUGCGCACGUAACUAAUGUUAACAGUCAGCAAGAAUAUUCAGCAGCAAGAUGACAACAUAAUCCAUGCUAUACUCUGCAUACUAUUACACAAAGCAAAAAUAGUCUGUGGCAUUGAAUGUGAAAUAUGUAACAUAUUGAAUUUAAAUGACAGCAAAUAUUAAUUAAAGGACUUUUUCAGA